AUGGAGUUGUCCAUUCUGUGCGAUUGCGAGAUUGCCCUCAUCAUAUUUAGCAGCAACAACAAGCUGUUCCAGUACUCCUCCAAAGACAUGGACAAAGUAUUGAUUCGAUACACAGACAGUCACGAGAACUCGAGGAAGAACCUCACCAACCAAGAUUACCCAAGGAUAUUCGGAAGCAAGAAGCUAAAGACAGAUAAUGAUGAUGAUGAUGAUUUGGAGGACCUUGGCGAAGCCCCAACCACACCAACUGGUUGCUCUUCUACCAACCUCAGUCCACUACAUGUUGGAAACAACACAAAUGGCGCGAACAACAGCAACAACAACAGCAACAACAACAACAAUAGUGGCGAGCAUCCAAUGGGCAACUCGACAGGUGCCAUGGUCUAUCCACAGGUGGCACUGAACGCAUCACAGGGUGGCUACCUCUACGCAUCGAAUGGCGCACUCAUUCAUCCCAAGUACUACCCAUACAGCAGCAUGGAGGCCGAUCUGGCACCGCUGACUCCUCGCUCAAUGGCCGCGUCCAAGUAUGGUCCUCGCGGAUUCCCACUGGGCGGACUCGACCCGAGCAAGUCAUUCAAUGGCGCCCCACCAGGCGCCGUCCAGAUGGGCGGUGUCAUGACCCCCAAGAGUGCCAUGCUCAAGGGCGCUGCACAUGGCAGUCCAUACCACCAUCCAAUGUACGUCGAUGUCAACAACUAUCCAUUCAUGUUCCCGAAUGGCGCAGUGCCACCUGGCGGCUCGCCCUAUAUGCAGCCACAGAUGAUGCCCUACUAUGGUGGAUCAAUGACAACACAGCAACAACAACAAAUAUUCCAAUUUCAACAUCAACAGCAUCAACAACAACUCCAUCACCUGAGCUUACAACAACAACAACAUCAGCAGCAACAGCAACAGCAGCAGCAACAACAACAACAGCAACAACCACAACAGGCAACUCCACCACAACAUCACGCUUCGCCACUGAUCCAGCCAGCAUACUCUUCACCAGCCAUGCAACAUCAUCCACACCACUCACUGCAACAGCCACAUCCAUUCAAUCUCCAACAACCUCAUCCACAGAUGUACAACACAAACUCCGACAUACCAAUGGUCCAGGCCUCAACACCCGUGCCAUCAUCCGCUGCCACAUCCACGACAUCCACAGCAACUUCCCGACCAAGUUCAGCCCAGAAGAACAACAACAACAACAACCACUCAUCGACAUCGACGUCGACUACUUCCAACUCCAACUCCAACUCCAAUUCAAACUCCAACUCCAACGCAACUUUUACAUCAUCCAAAGCAAACCAGAGCCAGCAGCAGUCCUCCGAGUUUGAACAACAAUCAACAAUGUUCCCCAGGCCUUAUAAUAGCAACAGUAGCUUAGCGUCCACACCGCCUCUCAUUUCACCCGCUAUUUCACCUGCACUGGUGCCCAUCGUCACCAAGGAGGAGACCAACAAGCCCAAGAAGAAGCCGCUCAGCGUCGUUAUCCCUGAUACUGUCAACGUACCCGCGCCCAAGCCUAUGUUUUCGCAGCACGGCGGCAUCAUCCCACCCAAGGGAAUCGCGCCACUCAAUCAAGAGCACAUGCCACCAAAGCCUGCCGACAUCCCCACGCUGCCGUCGCCUCGCGACUUUUAUCCCGAGCCUCUGGAGCUCACCCCGAGCGGCAACACAUUCAUGCCAACGCCAUUGCACUGGCCACGACCCUCACCGGGUGGCAUGAACCUGGCGACGCCCAGCAACAUUGACAUCAGUAUGGCAAUGUUUGGCACAUCCAUGCCUUCUCCAGCCAGCCGUGCUGGCUUUGGUCUGCCGUGGAACGAUGGCAUCCAAACACCUCAUAGUAUUCUACACUCGCUGGGCAGUUCUUUCCCUUCAAUAUUGACCAGCGCUGACAAUAACAACAACAACAACAAUAACAACAACAACUCUGAUGAAUCCAACAACAAGAAGAGGUCAACGUCAGAGUCUGGCUCAUCGAACAACAACAACAAGAGUGUCAGCAGUCCAGUUGGCGAAACUAUCAAGCCAUUCUUGAUAGAUGUGUAUGCAUCAUUAAUAAAGCUCCCAGGCCAUGUUGGCAUCCUGUAA